AUGUAAUAAUAAAAAGUGCUCUUUGGAAACAAAUAGAGUGUUUACCUUUCCUAAGUUUGCUUCCAAGGUACUAAAUACAGAUUAUAUUCAACAUCUGAGUACAAUUAUGUUGUUAAGGUAUAUGACAAUGGAUAGGAGAAAGUAAUAACUUAAAUUAUGAAUUCUAAAUUAGUAUUUGAAUACUGAAUUACAAGCUGUUCAUAUUUUCAAAGAUUAUGGAAAUAGUAAUAUUGCCAAAGCCCUUGAAGGGGAUCUGCAAUAAAAUAUUAAAGUAAUAGUUUUUGAAAAAGCUGAAGUCCUCCAAAAUAUUUUGAAGGAUUCAUAAAAAGGUUUAGAGGAACCUCAAGUCCUAAAAGUAAGCAGAAAAAUAAGUGUAGAUCUUAUUAGAUUUGAGCAAAGGAUUAAAAUAAUGCCAUAGUUUAGGCAUUACUCAUCGUGAUAUUAGACCUGAAAAUAUAUUGAUUGGAUUGGACAAAUAAGCUAAAUUAUGGAAUUUUUAACGAUGCUUUUUUUAAGUAUCAAAAUAAUUUAAUUAAGUAAUACGAUCAUUUACCAAAUGAAUAUAUUCCUAAAAUUAAAGAAGAAAUUGAAACAAAUACUUUUGAACAUGUUAGAGCACCUGAACAAAAGGAUUUCACUUAAAGAUGGCCUAUAACCAAAAAAGUUGAUAUAUAUGCUUUAGGAUAAUUAAUGUAUUACAUUCUAUUUAAAGUCCGCUAUGAUUAAAAUCCUAAUUGGAUAAAAAAGUACUAAAUUUAUUAUAUAAGUCCGAAAUGGGGUCUCUAUAGUAAUAAAUUGUAAGAUUUAAUCAGACUACUAUUGAUUCCUAAUCCAAAAGACAGAUUAAGUGCAGAAUAAAUUGAAGAAUACAUUCACACAUAGAUAAUAAAUUAGAAGUAUAAAUAUAUUAAUUAUUUAGUCCUCUUUAAUCUUAAAUUCAUAUAAGAAGUCUAUCAACAAAUGAAAAAAUGAAUAGAGAAAUAGUUACAUAAAGGAAUGAAAAUGGUAAAAUCAAUUAAUUAGAAUUAAUUGAUUUUCAACAUCCCUCUUCAUCAUCUCUAUCAACUAAAUUUGUUAAAUUAGUCAGUAAAGUAGCCUAAAAAACUGAUUUUUGGGUUGCUGCCUGUUUGGAAGAAGUUGAUGCAGCCCCAAAUUAAAAAUAUUUUCGUUAUCUUCAUGUCAAAGCAUGGUAAAAGAAAGCAAAAAUACCAAAGUUUUAUGAAAAGCUAUCCAACAGAUUAUAAUUAAAUUCUGUGAUUGUUACUUUUAAAGCUUUGAUAUUAUUACAUAAUUACUUGAAAAAAGGACCUUAAGAAGCUCUCUUAAUUAAUAAUUAAAAUUCAUCACCUCUUGCUAUAUUAGAAAAGAUAAAAAACUUUUAAGAAACAACUAUGGCAAAAGUAUCUAAGGAUAAAUUCAGAUCUCAGUUUUUUUCUAAUUUAUUAUACAGCUAUUCUCUUAUUUUAAUAGAAAAGGUCAAAUUUCAUUAAUAUUACUUAAAGUAUUUUGAAGGUAAUUUUGCAAUGGUUCCAUUCUUUAAUAAUAUGAAUUCUAAGGAUAAAGUAAAAUUAAGUAUUGCUAUUUUAAAUAAUUUGAUUAACUUAUGGAAACAGUUCAAUAUUUUCAUUAAUAGUUUUUCAUUCUAAAAGUCAUCUCUCUAUAAUUUAUAACUAGGAUUUGCAAUUACUAUGGCAGAUGAAUUAUACAAUAUUUUAUGUACAUGCACACAUAUAUAUUAUGCUUUAAAAUAAAGUACAAAUUAUAUUAGUGGAAUUCCAACUUAAAAUAAUGAAAUAAAAUAAAUCUUUAUCUAACUAUAAGAUGAUUUUCAUAACAAUUUUUAAAAUACUGCACUAUUUUUUCAAUCAUGUAAAUAGAUUCCUUAAUUUUAUUAAAUAAUUCCUGAUCCUCCAAAAGUUGUAAUUGAGACUUUGAAAAAAGUACCAUUUUUUCAACCUAUUAAAGGAGAAUUUAAUAUUUAUGAUUAUCUAAGCUAUUCUAUGUCAAUUGAUGGAAUUAAAUUACCUUAAAGUUAUGGUGAAAUUAUGAGUACUUAAGUGAUCGAAUAUGAUGAUGAAGUUGUAGAAUUGGAUCCUAGAAAUGAGAAGUUUGCAACAUAAUAUCCAAUUAAGCCAGUAUUAUCAGUAUAACCAUAUAGUGAAAGAGUAAAGAAAUUUAGUUUUGAUUUGGAUCCUAUUGCAAAUAGUUCUACAAAUAAUACAAACAUAUAAUAAUAAUAGUUAUAACCAUAGUAAUAAUAAUAAUAAUAAUAGUAAUUAUAAUAAUAGUAAUAAUAAUAAUAAUAAUAAUAAUAAUAAUAAUAAUAAUAAUAAUAAUAAUAAUAAUAAUAAUAAUAAUAAUAAUAAUAAAUAGCAUAAGAAGCUCAAUCUAUUAAUCUAUAGUUAUAAAAUCAAUAAAGUGUAAAUAAGAUAACCGAAUAGAAAAAGAAAUAAACGAAACAAUAAUAAUAAGGAUCCAACUUGUAUUAAGGUUUAGAAUUUUCAGAUGAAGAUGAAGAACAAAAUAAUGAGGAUGAGACAGAGUAAUUUCCAAAUAAACCAAAUGAACAAUAAUCAAAUAAUUUAAGAGCACCUUUAGUUAAUUAAAAUGUUAAAUUAACAAAAGAAUUAUUAAAUGAUGAUGAAUUCUUGAAUUGGGGAGAAAAUAAGAAUGGUUCAAAUAAAUAAAAUAAUAAUCAUUAAAAUUUAAGAAUUUAAUCUGCAAAUUCUUAACUUAUAAAUAAUAAUUAUUUCGAUUAAUUUAAUUAAUUUAAUCAGAAUAAAUAAACCAAUAAUAUUUCUUAAUAAAAAGUAAAUCUAAGUUAAUAAAUAAAGUAAUAUUAAUAUUCAUAAUAAAAUACUUUUUAAGUAGUUGAUUAUUUUUAAAAGUAGGGGAAAAGUAAAUAAAUUAUCAUCAUAUUUUAGACGUUUAAGAAUGGAUGAUUAAUCAUGAUCAAUUAAAAUUAGAAAGAUUAAUUGGUACUGGAAGUAGUUGUGAAGUUUAUAAAGGAUAUUUGAGAGGAGGUGAAGUAGCAAUAAAGAAAAUGAAAAUAAAGUCUUUGAAUGAAAAUCAUUUAAAAGAAUUUAGAAGAGAGAUAUCUGCAUUUGUAACAAUUUAGAAACAUAAUAAUUUGGUCUAAUUGAUGGGUAUAUCAUAAAAAGAUGAUGAAUUAUAUAUUGUAACAGAAUUUUGUGCAGGAGGAACAUUAUUUGAUUUAUUACAUAGAAAAAAACAUAUAGAUAUUACUUGGUAGAAUAGAGUAAAAAUAGCAUGGUAAAUAGCAGAAGGAAUGUUACAUUUACAUAAAUUGAUUCCACCAUUAAUUCAUAGAGAUUUGAAAAGUUUAAAGUAAAUGUUUUUAAUAAGAAAUAUUAGUUUAUUAUUAGAAUAGACAUAUGAUUAAUCUAAAGUGAAUAUAAAGAUAGCUGAUUUUGGUCUUGCAAGAGUUUAGGCUGAUAAUGGUGAAAUAAUGACAGGGAUAUUGGGAACAUUUGUAAUUUAUAUAUAUUAUGUAAAUUUGUAGCAUUGGAUGGCUCCUGAAGUAUUUUAGAAUGUACCUUAUACUAUCAAAGCAGAUGUUUAUUCUUAUGCAGUAUUAUAAUUAAUCUAAUUUUAGAUAGUUUUAUGGGAAAUAUGUUGCAGAGAAACACCUUAUAAAUCUUUAUCUACAAACCCUCCAGCUAUUAUGAAAUUAGUAACUGUUGAUAAUGGAAGACCAGAUCUAAACUUAAUUUAGUUGGGAUGUCCAUAAUUUUUAAAAGAUUUAAUGAUUAAAUGUUGGGAUCAAGAUCCAAAUAAAAGACCAUCAUUUUAAGAAAUAACUUAAUACUUGCGUUAAUAAUUAUGA